AGGUAGAAGGGACAGCAGCCAGAAUUUUUGACAUUUGAAGAUUAGUUGUAAUUAAUACAUAUUCUUGCCAAGUUAAGGAACACAAUUCUGGCAAAAUGUUCUACAUGCAGCUGCUUAUGAAUAAGCGCGGGCCUUUGUCCAAGAUAUGGUUGGCUGCUCACUGGGAUAAGAAAGUCACAAAGGCCCAUAUAUUUGAAUGCAAUUUAGAGGCUACUGUUGAAAAGAUACUCUCCCCUAAGUUUAAAAUUGCUCUCCGAACCUCAGGGCAUCUUUUGUUAGGAGUGGUCAGGAUCUAUCACAGGAAAACCAAGUAUCUUUUGACAGACUGCACUGAAGCCCUACUUAAAAUGCAGUCAACCUUCCAACCAGGACUUGUUGACCUUCCAAAAGGAAAUUCUGAAGCAAAUUAUGAUGCCAUCACAUUGCCUGAAGAGUUUUAUGAUUUUGACACCCAACUUCCAGAGAUGAAUGCCAUUAAUGUUGCUCAACAUUUUACACUGAACCAGAGCAAAACUGAGGACAUCACAUUGACAGAAGAUUAUAGACAGAAUGUCCUUCUCACUGGCAACAAUUUUGAUGAGGAAAUUGAAAUUCCAAGGCACUGUAGCUUUUGCAGUGACAGUUUGAUAAAUAGUUCCAAUAGUCUCUUGGCUGAUCACAGUUCUUCAGACAAAACUGCAUUAGAGUGUGAUGGAUUUGGAGAUGAAGGAGUUGCAAGAGAUAUGAUCGAUGAUGUUCUUGGAACUGACCAGAAUGGCCUUCUUGCAAUAUUUGACAUGGAAGAGGAACUUCCUUUACCCCCAAAAGAUCCAGUUGAUGAUAGAAAGGACCAGGCUAUAUCUAAACAUGAAACAAGAAAUCACCAACUUAAUGAAACAACAUUAUUGUCCAAUGAGGAAGAUGGUUUUGUUCUUGAUCCUAUUCUUGAUUCAGCUCUUGUAAAGAAACAAAGAAAUAAAAGAAAAAGGAAGUUACUUGUUGAUGCAGUGAAGCAGCUAAGCAAAGCUACCAUCCAAAAGCAGCUUAUAAGUUACGAGGAUACAGUGACCACAUUGAAUAUUGCACCUCCAACAAGGAAGCUGAUGAUUUUACAAGAAUUGGGUAGUGUAGACAAACUUCUGAGCAGACCCACCCAACCUCUAUUUAGUGAAGAUUUGCAGAGGCUGUUUGCUAAAUGUCUCAAGAAUGGAAGGAAAAAACGGCAGCAAGAGAUUGAAGAAAGAAGCAAACAACAAACUGCCCAAGGCAGGGACUUGAACCUGAAUCUCCCUAGUCGAGAUACGGAUUAUAAGGUUUCCAUCCGCUUUCCCACCUCUGCUUCCCCACACAUGAAGAGUGGUACUACACUGAUUGCGGUGUCCCAGAGCCAAAAAAUAGAACUACCAAUAGCAGAAAGUUUAAAUAUACUGCAGGACACAAUUUAUCCAGACACACAAUCUGGGUUGCAAGGUAGCAGAAACGAAAGGGAUAAUGAUGUAAUUUUUAAAACUAUGGAAACUGAUGGCGUAGUGUCUGCUUUGUCUGAUGACUUUUUACCAUCCCCGGUACAACAGGAAUCAGGGAAUGAACAAGUUGUCUUGGAAAAUGGACCUCAGACAAGUAAUUUGGACAACGAAGAACAAAGAAGAAGUAAGAGAAUGCUAAAGCUGUUAAAUACUUUCCGGCACUUUGAACAGAAAGGAGCAAAGUCUUUCAGUUUUCUGUCCCUCUGUAGGAGCCACAACCAGAAAGAAGUCGCAACGAAGUUCUACAGCUUGCUUGUUCUAAGGAAACAACAAGCGAUUGAGGUGGCCCAGGCCGCUCCCUAUGCUGACAUUAUUGUGACUGUGGGCCCAAAGUUUCAUGCUCUCUGAAGGCCCGAGAACGGCCCCCUUGAAGCACAGGUUGCUCAGGUUGAAAACCG